AUGCUAUCUCCCCAUGCACUUGGAUUGACACCAUCCUUAAGACGGGCCGCUUUUUCUCCAGGCAAGGCUCGACCUUCCAUGCAAAACAAUGUUAUGAAGAACGCCAUUCGUUCCAGUACCUCGCUCAAGCCUGAAGAUGGAACGACGAUUCUGAACAAGCAACGCUUACAGCGCCCAUCAAGACUCGGAUUCUGUGCCGCACAUGUCAUUGAAUUUGUACAUGGCUUGCCUGAUGCGGUCAAGUACACCGGAAAGUUCAACCUGGCUCUUCCUUUUUCUUUUCAUCCGUGGAAUGGGAUCAGACAUAUGCUGUGGGAUUCGGGUAAAUUUUUAACCGUCAAAGGAGUGUACUCUACUGGAUACGCCGUACUUGGAGCUACCACGAUCUCUACACUCGUUCUCAUGUUUCAAUAA